AGCAUCAGGUUAAUGGUGAUUAUAUUAAUGCCUGACAGAUUCAAAAGGUGUUGAUUGCACAUGACUUUGUAUAAAAGCUGGCUGAAUGAGCUAGGACAUGCCUCAGUCUUUAGUUUUCUCCAGACAAGGCAGCCAACCACAGACCAGCAUGAAGUCAGUCCUGUUUUGCUUCCUCUUCUGUUGCUGGAAGGCAAUUUGCUGUAGUAGCUGUGAGCUGACCAACAUUACCAUUGCAGUGGAGAAAGCAGAGUGCCGCUUUUGCAUCAGCGUCAACACCACUUGGUGUGCUGGCUAUUGUUUCACCAAGGAUCUUGUGUAUAAGGACCCAGCAAGGCUCAACAUCCAGAAGACAUGCACGUUCAAGGAGUUGGUAUAUGAGACAGUGAGGGUGCCUGGCUGUGCUAAGCAAGCUGAUUCUCUGUACACAUACCCAGUGGCCACUGAAUGUCACUGUGGCAAGUGUGACAGUGAUAGCACUGACUGCACUGUAAGAGGUCUUGGGCCAAGCUACUGCUCCUUCAGCGAAAUGAAAGAGUGA